UUACAUGGAAAAGCAGCUUUUACAUAAGCUGCUUUAGUUAAAAAUUUGAUGAUAGUUUCUAGCUUCAUUAAAGCCAACUAUCAUUUAGAAUUUAAUUCUGUGCUUAAAUUGUUAUAAUUUAUUAACUUUAGUCUAAUAUUAUGAAUUACACUUUGUGAUUAAGAAUGAACAAGUCCAAACGCUUAUCGUUUAUUGCACCACAUUCAGGUCCUGCUGAAUCUGACAUGCGGCCGUUCGCAGAUAUCAUUAAAAACAUUAAAAAACCUGAAGCUGAAGAGAGAACAAUAAGACUUGCAAUUGAUCUGUCUACCUCACAAACCUUUGCUGAGUUCUCAUACCCAGAGUUGAUUAGAAACGCUAAAGGAAAAUUAGACGGUGAAAAUAAUGAUGAUAAUGAAGACAAAGGCAAAGGAUUUUUGGAAGAUUUCAUUGACAAAGGAUAUGGUUACGAUGAAACGGAUCCAUUUAUUGAUAAUAGUGAAGCCUAUGAUGAGUUGGUACCGUCUACGAUGUCAACAAAAUAUGGCGGAUUUUAUAUCAAUACUGGACUGUUGGAAUUUAAAGAAAGUGAACAACAAAAAACGAAAUCACGACCGCAAAACCACCAAAAGGAUAAAUCCUCGAAUCCACCACUUGUACAUUCAAGUAUAAAAAAGCGCCCCAAAUUAUCCGCAGUGAAUCUAAAUAAACAUACAAGUGUCAACCAAGUCGUUCAGUCAACCAAGAAGCAAACCGACAACAUGAAUCCACUUGCCGUUCCAGUUCCGUUCACUCCAGCCCCUCAACAGAAGAUCACACCGGCUCCUCAACAGAAGAUCACACCGGCCCCUCAACAGAAGAGUACACCAAACCCUCAACAGAAAAGUACACCUGCCCCACAGAAGAGUACACCAGCUCCUCAACAAAAGAUUCCAUCAGAACCUCAGCAGAGGAUUACACCGGGCCCUCAAAUGAAGAUUUCACCAGCCCCUCAACUAAAGCCAACACCAGCCCCUCAACUGAAGAUCACACCAACCCCUCAACAGAAGACUGUACCAGCCCCUCAACAGAAGUUUUCACCAGACUCUCAACAGAGGAUUACACCAUCUCCGCAACAAAAGAUUACACCCGCUCCUCAACUGAAGAGUACGCCAGCCCCUCAACAGAAGUUUUCACCAGACUCUCAGCAAAGGAUUACUCCAUCCCCUCAGCAGAAAAGUACACCAGCUCCUCAACAGAAAAUUUCAUCAGAACCUCAACAGAGGAUUACACCAGGCCCUCAACUAAAGAUUUCACCAGCCCCUCAACUGAAGGCUACACCAGCCCCUCAUCAGAAAAUUACACCAGCCCCUCAACAAAAGUUUUCACCUGAUACUCAACAGAAGUUUUCACCAGACACUCAACAGAGGAUUACACCGGUCCCUCAACAGAGGAUUACACCAGCCCCUCAACUGAAGAUCACACCAGCUCAUCAGCAGAAAAUCGUUCCAGCUCAUCAGCAAAAGAUUGCUCCACCUCGCAAACCUCAAGCACAUUUUCCACCACCACAAGCCCAUCAACCACCGCCACAAGCUCAUCAACCACAGCUACAACAUCAAAGAACUUUACAAUUUCAAUGGCAACAGACAUUCGCUGACCUCCCACCACCAAUUCAUCACCAUUUUUGUUAUAACCCUCAUUGUACAAUGCCUCAAUGUAAACAGUUUGUAAGAUUUCCACCUACUUAAUUUGUGCGAAAUUUUAUUUUGAAAAUACAAAUAGCUAAUAUUAAUCAAUAUAAUUCACAAACAUUACUUUUGUACAUUUACAACGUUAAACGAAAUGGUUGGCUCA